AUGAAGGACGAUUCGACUGGCAUGCUGGGCCGCAUUGUCUUUGCCUGGUGGAAGGGGAGCAAACUGGACUGUAAUGCCAAGCAGUGGAGGCUUUUCGCUGACAUCCUCAACGAUAUAGCCAUGUUCCUGGAGAUUAUGGCUCCUGUGUACCCAGUCUGCUUCACCGUAACUGUCUGCACCAGCAACCUGGCCAAGUGCAUCGUGAGCGUGGCUGGCGGGGCCACGCGGGCCGCACUGACCAUGCACCAGGCCCGGAGGAACAACAUGGCCGACGUGUCAGCCAAGGAUAGCAGCCAGGAGACGCUGGUGAACCUGGCAGGCCUCCUGGUCAGCCUCUUGAUGCUUCCUCUGGUGGCAGAUUGGCCUAGCUUCAGCCUUGGGUGUUUCUUCCUCCUCACUGCCCUCCACAUCUACGCCAACUACCGGGCGGUCCGAGCCCUCGUCAUGGAGACCUUGAACGAAGGGCGGCUCUGGCUGGUCCUCAAGCACUUCCUCCAGAGGGGAGAGGUACUCAGCCCCACUGCAGCCAAUCAGAUGGAGCCACUGUGGACAGGUCUCUGGCCAUCUCUGUCUCUGUCCCUGGGGGUCCCCCUGCACCGACUGAUUGCCAGUGCCUCUGAGCUGCAGCGGCUGGUUGAGGGGCACCACGAACCCUACCUCCUUCACUGGGACCAGUCACGAAGUCCUGAGAAAGAUAGCUGGGUCACUGUCAAGAAGACACACCAAGUGUUGGACAAGCUGUUCCCAAAGUUCUUGAAAGACCCAACAGCACCCCACAUGCUCUCCCCAGGACUGAGGGAUGCUGGCUGGAACACUGAGAAGCACCAGCUGGAGGUGGAUGAAUGGAGGGCCACAUGGCUGCCGUGUCCAGAGAAGAAGGUGUUGUGA